AUGAAUGGAUUUGGGUUGAAAAUUAGCAACCCUGAUAUGAAAUAUAGAAUCGAAAAAUUGAUUGGAACUGGAGCAUUUGGUUAAGUAUACCAUGCUUCACCAUUAAAUGAGAAAUAAGAACUAAUCGAGAAUAUGAAAGUUGCUUUUAAGUAGCAAGAUAUCCAUGUAUUUAACUCCAGUGCUACAGAUUUAGAAAAAGAGGAUUUUAUGAUGAGAUUACUAAGAUUAUUAAGAGAAAUUGCAACAUUCUAGCUGAAACAUCCAAAUAUUGUUGAAAUACUGGAUGCAUUUCCUACUCUUGAAAACAAAUUUGUAAUUGUAAGCGAGUUUGCAGAAGAAGGAAAUUUAGAGAUGUAUGUUAAAAAAAGAUUGAACUAAGAAAAAAGAAAGCUAAGUGUUUCAGAAAUUUCAUUCAUAAUGCUAUAAUUACUGGAAGGUUUAGAUUAUACACAUACUUGUAAAUUCACCCACAGAGAUAUCUCUCCUGAUAAUAUUCUAGUUUUUGAUGGUCUAAUUGUAAAAAUUUGCGAUUUCGGUAUAGCUUCUUAUGGAACAAAAACAAAACUUAAUGCUGGAAAAGAUGAUUAUAAAGCACCGGAGAUUUGUUUAAAUUAGGCAUAUGAUAAUAAAGUAGAUAUCUGGUCCCUCGGAGUGGUGCUUCAUUAUCUUAUGACUGGAUCAGACAAAUUAUCUGGUGAUCGUAAAGUUAAUACUGUUCUAUCAAACAUCUAAAGUCUUUAAUUGAUACAAAAAAUAGACCUAGAAGAAUAAUACUCUGAAUUUUAGUAGAUAUUUAACGAAAUGACAUCAUUUCAAGCAGAAAAGCGACCAACUAUUUAGGAUUUGAAAGAGGAUUUCCUUCAACUGAUUGGAUUCAAUAAUGAAUAUCUAGCGUAUUAGAAUUAUGUGAUGGAUUACUACUUCAAACAAGCAAAUUCGAGCUUUUAAAGUUCUAUGAAAUAACUCUAGAAAUAUGCUGAAUUCCAUUUCAGAAAUGUUGAACUUAAAGAUAGCAAAGCAAUGCAAGAUAACAUCAAUGGUUUGCUAAAUGAUUUUGACUAAUAUAUUGAAACAAUGUAGUCAUUUUUGACUCGAAAGAAAGAAGUGAAAUUGGAUAAAAAUGUUGCAAAUUUUAGAAUAGUGCCAAGUAGAGAAGAGGCUAAAGCGGUUCCAUUGACUACUGAAGAAAUACCGUAGAAGCUUGAGGAAUACAGAAGAUUAGUUGACUAGCACAUCAAUUAAUCAGGUGAUGUGAAUGAAUUAGUCUUCAGACUUAAUGGAUAAUGCUAAUUACUGUACAAAGCCUCAAGCGACACCUUCAAAGGUAAUGCAUUUCAUUAAAAGUGUGAUAACAAAGGCCCUACAGUCGCAUUUAUCCUGAGUGAAUACGGCUAGAUUUUUGGAGGAUACACUUCUAUUCCUUGGAAAUCUCCAGAAGGCCUUUAUUAAUAGAAUUCUGAUGGGGAUGCAUUUAUUUUCUAGCUUACUAAGAGAGCGAAAUACACCCAAUCUCAAAACACUGGUUUCGCAGUAGGCCAUCAAAAGAAUUAAAUUUUGCAAUUUGGCAUGACCGAUAUCUUUAUCAAGGAUAAUUGCGAUGAGAGGAGAUCAAGCUCUGCAAAUAUCGGUAGCACUUAUUAACUUCCAAAUGGUAUCCAAUAUGGAACUUAACAAUGUGAGCAAUACUUAGCAGGCUCUAAGAAUUUUAAAGUCUUAGAAAUUGAAGUUUAUUAAGUAAGUAGAGAUUGA